UCACCGCGCUGUAUUCUGGGAAACCCAGUUUAUUCCUGGUUUGGGAACGAUGGCAGGCGUGCAGCCGCCUCCCCUCCGCAGCCUGGAUGAUUUUCUGCUGAGCUCGGCUCGUUUUGCGGUGCCAGAUGUGCGGGACCUGGACCGCUGGAACAACCGCAUGAUCAACAACCUUUUGUAUUAUCAAAGCAAUUACUUUCUGUCCGCGCUGAGCUUCCUGCUCCUUGUGGGGUAUUUCCAGCCCAUCCAGAUGUUUGUUGGGAUGAUGGUGGUCACCGCGUUGUUCCUGGGUUUCGUCUGGGCUGCGGAGAACAAAGCUCCCAUCCGGCGUUUCCGUAGAAACCACCCAUUAUUGGCUGUGCUCGCCAUUCUCUUGGCCAGUUACCUCUUCAUAUUGGUGUUGGGAGGAGUGGUCGUGUUCCUGUUUGGAAUAGCAAGCCCAGUACUGAUGGUUCUGGUCCAUUCGUCGAUGAGGCUGCGGAACCUAAAGAACAAGCUGGAGAACAAACUGGAGAGCAUCGGCCUGAAGCGGACCCCCAUGGGGCUCCUGCUGGAGGCCCUGGGGCAGGAGCAGGAGGCCGGCUCCUAAACCCCCAGCAGGGGUACAGGUUCACCUCUUCUUUAUUUUCUGAUCAGAAACCAGAAGAAAAUUGACCAAAUUGGACAAGUUUUAUAGUUUGACAAUUUUUGCACAUGUGGUUAUGGUUAUGGAGUAAAGGACUGAAGGUGUUUCCCUUUUUAUUGUGGAACCAUUUGUAGUUUCAUCUGUCAUUCUACCCAGCUGGUCUAAACCGCCUUAUGUUAAUGUUUACAGGAUUUACCAUUGGAACAAAAAAUCAUUUUACAUGAAUACAUCAUGUUGUAACGAUGAAGGAGCAAACAGGAUAGACAAGUGAUUUCCAACCUGGAACUUGAACUAGACCUCCAAACACCCUGAGUGUUUACAGCCGUUUCACAGCUGUUGCACCACACACACAUGCGCACACAACAGCUAAGAACACUAUGUGGAGCAGUGGCUGGCUGCUUAUUAAUGUAGUUUUAGAUAAUGAAGAAGAUUCCAGAUCAGCCAGUAUGAUCACCGAUCAAUGAUCAAUGACCUUCUUAAUCACUGAUCAUUUUUUUUGACAAAGACAUUUUCUCCUCCCAUCUGUGAUACUCUGUGAUGGAAGCAGGAAAUGGUGAUCCUCUGAUAAACCCUCAGCUUGUUGAAGGUUAUUGCAAAUAGAUUAGUCAAGAUAGACUAAGGACUGUUUCCUCUGCAGAGCAAAUGAUUUUAACUUGACAUUUUCUUACCCAGUUCUGACGGGUUUAAAUGUACAGUUUAUGUGAUCAGUUGAGGUGUUGCACUUUAAUUGAAAUUUUCAACAUUUUCCUUCAGUUCCACAACAACUGGCCGGAAGCUGCUCUGUGUGUAGCCGCAGUGUUUGGUGCCUUUAAUCUUAUAAUUCAGUAAGUUUUAAUUAAUUUCCUUGAAAACAUAUUUUUCACACACUGCAGCACAAUAGUGCCCUCCUUUGGGUGAUGGAGCAGCAGGCUGGGGGUCACUGUCCCCCACCCCCUUUAGCCUCCAUGGAUUAGCUGGCUGUGUGAUGCAAUAAAGGGGCGGGGCCAAGUGUCAUAAAAGGAGCCUUUUAUGACACUAAAACACAUCAGUUGAUGAUUUUGUUGCAUUACGUGUUUGUACAUUGUAGUAUUCAACUUUUAAAGGGCCAGUAAUUAUGCAUUAUCCAGGCACAUAGAACCUUUUAAUAGUUUAAUUAAACAACUAUGUCACCUUUACUAGCUAUAAAAUGCAAUAAAAGUGAAAUAUGACUUAAAAGAAAUUUAACCUUGUAAUUUAAUGAAUUGAAGUUGGGGCUUUGUCUCUUUAAAUUCUCCUUUUUUUCUGAAAAAGCCAUAACAUUGCUUCUCUAUUAAUUGUUUAAGAACAUUUUUACCAGCUUUUCACUGAAAAAUCAUUUGUAAGGAGCUCAGCAGUUGCACAGUUCCACCAGAUGUUUGCUAAUUGCUGCUGGCUAGUCUGAAGGAGCUGAAUGGGAAAGUUGUGGGGGAAAGCAGCUCUGUGAGGCAGAAACUUGGAAACUACAGAUCUGAGGAUGAGCUUCAUCUCAAAGGUGGGGCUAGCUCCACCCAUGGGUGAAUGGUUGCCAUGGGGAUUAAAGGAUUUCUCAAACAUCCAUAAAAAAUUGAGACAACCCUCCAGGUAUGCUUUUGAUGAGGUAAUAACAUUAUAACAUGAUGUACAGCUCUAAAAGUUGAUUUUAUGUGAUACUGUCCCUUUAAAGAAGUAAAACCAUAACCAGUGAAAAGGCCACCAGAUCAUUAUCGAGUCUGUUGUUAAGGACAGGGAACCAGGAGAACAGGUAAAAGUAACCAAGUAGUUACUGAGGUUUACAAAAUAGGAAAUGUUUUUUUUGAUGAAAGUUUCAUUUAUCAUACACUUUUCUUCAGGUUCGGGGGUCUGAUAGAUAUUUUUUCUUCUUCUUUUAAAUGAUAAAGUAUAACAUUAUUAGGUGACUACCAUUGUUUGCCAUAAUGCUUUUAAAUAUCCAUGGUUGUGUUUGGAUGAGAAGGAUUGUCUGGGAGUCCUUGUUGUCGGGUAAACCAGGUGUUUCUGAAACUGAUAUUUAUUUACAAAGUUACUGUUUUCCAGAUUAUGAUAGUUUUUAAAUUGAUUACAUAGGAACAUGCUGAUUAUCAGUUGCAUUAUUUUCAAUACAGAUAAUGUAUAAAAUCAGUUCUAUAUGGCUGCAGAUGAAGAAUCUGUUUCUUGAUCUGAUACUUGAGAAACGCAUUAAAGAUUUUUGCUAAAUGUCUAAAUUUAUUGUAAAGCUUCUGGAGAAGAAAAUCUACAGAAUCCACAAACGGAUCAGUCUGAUCCAACUCAAUGGGCAUGCUUCAUUUGAUUGGUGGAUCUCUGAGUGAUCUGAUUUUCCUCCAUCUGUGCUGAAAGGUGCAGAGCGGCGUCUGCUGCGUGGAAACAUUUAACCCGGGAGCUGAGCACUCAGCAGUGUUUGGGUUUUUACUGGAAGCACACUCUCCCGUAUUUAGCUGAAAUCUUGAUUAGAAACAAAACAACUUACCGACUCAGGAAAACAGGUUCUACUGAAGUUUCAGUAAUACACAAGGUUUUGGUUUUGCUCUUUUUAAUUCAGUUAUAGCAUUUGAUUUGCUUUUUGCUCACAGGUCCGAUUUGUCAAGUUCCCACUCAGAAAACUACUCGUGAUAUUCACUCUGUCUUUUUGGGAAACGUCCUGAUUGGGAAGUUUAAGUUCAAACCUUUUAUGAAGAAGCUGAAAGUGUUUAAUGUUCUUAUAGUGAAAAUGAGGAUAAAUAUUAAGUUAUGGUAGUUUAUUGGAUCAGAGUGAGUCACCUGUGGCUCUGAAGCUGCAAAUGGCUUUUUGGACCGUCAAUUAUGGAUUUUAAUAACUUUAGCAAAAAAUAAAUAAAUACAAAACCAACUAAAAUUUUAAAAUAUGGACAUAACAUGACAUAAAGGUAUCAUGUUAUGAUACCUUUAAAUAUAUAUAUAUAUAUAUAUAUAUAUAUAUAUAUAUAUAUAUAUAUAUAUAUAUAUAUAUAUAUAUAUAUAUAUAUAUAUAUAUAUUUUAAUGAAGAGAACGGAUUGAAUUUCCACAACAGAAGGGCAUUAAGUACAAGUAACAUUUUUUACUCUAAACAUUUUUUCUUGUCAUUAAGUUGAAACUUUAAUGACUUUUCCCAAGACGAAAAUGUAUCUAUUUUCUUUUUGCAAAUGUUUGAUCUUCAUUUUAAAACCUAGAAGUCAAAAUAAAAUUUUAAGCUGACAAAUCAAAUUUCCUUUAGCUCAGACAUUUUCUAGGUUGUCUGUUUUUCUUCUGUAGCAUCAGGGGCUCUAAAUGAGUUGAUGUAGUUGGACGAAACGGCUCUUUGAGACGUAAAGGUUGCAGACUCCUGGUCUGAAUAUUACAAUGUGUGUGCAUUUGAUUUUCUCAGUUUGGCAUUCCAAUGUGUUGGUGUGUAUUCAUUCUUUAAUAUGACUGUAUUACCUUGAGCUGCCAGAACAAUACUUUUAUUAUGAGAAAGAUCCAAGCUGGUUUAUCUACAAGUAAAUGAAGUUGUUAAAGAUUUGUAUUUGUAUGUAAACAGUGGCUAACAUUUCCAGCUCAAAGUGCCCUUUAAUAUUUUACAUGUGUAUGUUUCUGGUUUUUGUUGUUGUUUUUUUUUUCUUUGUAUAGUUAUACUGUUUCUCUGUUUUAUUAAAUGUCUUUGCCUAACUGUCCCAGUAUGGAUUAUGUAUAUUUGUCUUAAUAAAAACGAUGCUUUUUUU